CUUUCACUUUCCUGACUCAAAUUUAAGCUUGAGCUCAAUAAAUAAGUUGAUAUUUUGCUCGUACGGCCAUUCGUCCAUUUGAUGCAAUGUUUUCUUCUUGCCACACGGUGGCUCUAUUGCUAACGUAAUGAGGUAAACAGGGAAGAAAAACUCGGUACAGCAGGGCGAGUCUGUAUGACUUAGAGAACUGAGAAUAGGUGGCAACAAUGAAAAAUAAAGUCAAAAAAAGUCAGUACUCUUUUGUCUUUUCACUAGGCUACAUUACACAGAAAAUGGCACAUUUUUAUCUGCAGGGUCUUGUGUUGUUAGUUCUGUUCAUGGUCAUAUCAGAGUGUGGAGACAUCUCAACUGUGAUUGCGUAUCAAGGAGAGGAUGUAGCUCUCCCUUGUUUUAAUUUCAAUGGCACGGAUCCAAAGAGCUGCUACAGGAUCAGAUGGAUGAAGAGUGCCACAGACACCAGACAGAUAAAGGUUAUCCUUGCCAGACCUAAAACACCCAAGAUCCAGGAUGAUGAACGUGCAAAAUGGGAAGCUGACGGAAAUGGAAAGAUGUCUCUUUUUCUGACAAAAUUACAAAAAUCCGACGAGGGACUGUAUAACUGUGAAAUCUGGCAAGGUUGGGAGUGUAUGCUGGUCAAAAACAUAUCUUUAAAAAUCAAAGAAUGCAAAGUCCUUCAAGCAGUGAAAGCAGCGCCUGGCACACUCGUUGAACUGAACUGCCCAGUGGACAUGACAUCAGGACAGCAACGAACCCAGAAUUACUCCUGGGUAAAGCUGAAAGGAGGCAACCCUGAAUCUAUCACCUCUAAGAACGUGGAAAUCAACGGAACAUCGCUAUUUUUCCAGUCUGUGAAUUACAGUGACAGUGGUUGGUACAGAUGUAGGGACAUGUUUGGACAAACUCAGCACUGCUUUGAAAUUAGACUACAGGUCCAAGUGGACAAUGCUGCUGUGGCCACAACGGUUCCAGUGCCGACAACCAGUGAGAUCAUUUGGAAAACCAUGAAGGAGGAGAGCAGUGCAGCAUUUAUUGGCGCUGUGGCUGCAGUCAGUGUUGUGAUUGCCCUAAUAGCUGCACUGAUAGGGCUGUUCAUUUACUGCAGACAUAGCACCCAGAGAGUGACACAGCAAACCUGGAGGCUCUCAGCAGGUUCUCAUACGGAGCAUACUGAUGAUUAUGAGAUUAUUCCACCUUCAGAGGAUCCCUUGCAGUCACAACAAGUCAACUGUCUAUACCACUUUCAGGAGGAAGGCGGUUUCCAGCAUUAGUUGUUUUCACUGUGCUCAAGAAAAGAGAAGAUUUUCCUUCUGGAUUGCCGGUUUACAUUCACACAUGAUGUAAAAUCAGAUAACAUCUACUAAACUGUAAAGUGAGUUUGAACAGUAACUGUCAUUUAUAUUGAGUAUUAUGGAAAAUUUGUACACUAGUGCAACAUAAAAACAAUGCUACCCAGUUUUUUUUUCUUAUACUGUUGAACAGACUCUUCCUUAUUGCCCUGUUUCUGCUGAUAUGUCUAAUCAUCUGUAUGUAUUGUUUUAAAUCAAAUCUAAUCUUUCAAUAACACCUUUAAUCCAAUUUUUAAAAUAUCUGUAUGAAGAUGUAGUCAUGAACUCUGAUGAAAAUAUUCCCAUAUUUUCAGUGUGUUGAUGGUUGAAAUUACUUAUCAAGAUUAAAAUUAAGGAGAAAGAAACACUUUUAUUCAGCUCUAGUUUACAGCCUGCAAUAAAUCAUAGAAACUGUCA